AUGGCUCGUUCCUUUCUUCUUAUGUUGGUUGCAGCAUUGUUGUUGAGCUCCACAAUGGCUCAAUCUCCGGCUUCCUCGCCGGCGUUUUCUCCGGUGGCCACUCCACCGAGGAAAGCAUUGUCUCCGUCUCAUGCCGCAGUGCCACCGUCCUCUGAGACACCGGCGGCCUCACCUGCCACUGGAACAUCUCCUCCGGCUCCACCUACCUCUCCUUCUGCGGCCCCAAACCCUGUUAGUUCGAUCAUCCCUCCCUCCACCAUCUCGGGUCCACCGGCUGACGCACCAGGACCAGCUGCAAACGGUGCCGUUUUGAACAGAAUAGCCGGCUCUGCCGUGGCCCUUGUUAUUGCUGCAGCAAUGCUCGUGUAG